UUUAUCACAUCCAAGACUACAAUGCUACCACUCGCAUCUGUGCAUGUGCUCCUCCUGAUCCUCCUGGUUUUCGCGAGUGCUGCUUUUCAGAGUCAGACGGAAACGAUAUCCAAUCCAUCCAAGGAGUUUGUGACCUCAAAGGCGGAUCGAAUGGAGCUGCUGCUGCUGGACAGGGAGCUGAUCUCAAACCUCGUGCAAUAUACUGAAGAGUUGCAGAACAAAGUCCACGUGCUGCAGCGAUUUGCAAUGGCAAUGAGCAUUCCCAUCGAGGCAGCGAAGGGCAGGGAGGAGGAGUACCUAUCGAAUCCGCUGCACAGUUUUCGCCUCAUCCGCCAUAUGCACGAGGACUGGCGGCAAUUAGAGAAGUUCAUGCGGCAGCCUGGGGGGCAGGAUCAGAUUAAUUUUCUCAAGGAGAAGACAAUGGAACUUGCUUCAAGAGAAGAUGCCGAGGAUGCCACGGAGGCCAUCUACCGCAUUGUGCGCACCUAUGAUGUGCAGGCAGCGGAUAUCGUCCAGGGGCUAAUCGAUGGCGUGCAGUACAACGGUAGCAUUUCAGCCAUCGACUGCUUCUCCCUUGGAACGCUGCAUUUUCAGUGGGGGGAGUACGACAAGGCCGCCCAAUUCCUGUCCUUCUCCUUAGAAAUGGUAGAACCAGAGUAUUAUUCGGUGUACGAUGUGCUGGGAUUUGCCUCAAGCGAGGUCUUCAUGCUCCUGGCCCGUUGUCUCGUGGAGAUGGACCUGGAAGACGACGCUCGAACGACACUGAUGGCCCACCCCAGUUUGGCGGAUCAUUCGGAGCGACUGCUCACCCUCUACACAAACACGCGACACGUCCAAGUUUCGGAGGAACUGAAGCCCGACCUAACUGAGCAAUACAAUCAGAUCUGCCGCUCCUCCCAUCAAAAUAAACCCUCGCGCCUUCACUGUCGCUACAAUGCCACAACCACACCCUUCCUGCGCCUGGCCCCCCUACGGAUGGAAGAGCUGUCGCUGGAUCCCUACAUCGUGGUCUACCACAAUGUCCUCUCCGACGCGGAAAUAUCCGAGGUGGUGAGAAUUGCAGAGCCGCUUCUCGUGCGGAGUAGCGUGUACAUAGUGGAAAAGGAGAAGUCGAAAAAAAGCACGGCGCGCACUUCCCUGGGAGCCUGGAUCCCCGAUCACGAUGAUAAAAUGGAUGUCUCGGGUUGGCCGUUGGUGGAGCGAUUCCUUAGACGCAUUCGCGAUAUGACCGGUAUGAAAAUCAACGAACAGCAGUACAUGCAGCUGAUAAAAUACGGAUUCGGGGGCCACUACGAUCUCCAUUUCGACUACUUUAAUUCCACCCGAAAAAUCACCCAGGCCAUGGGCGACCGCAUGGCCACUGUCCUCUUCUAUCUUAACGAUGCUAGACACGGCGGCUCCACUGUCUUUUCCCAUCUACAGCUGAAGGUUCCAUCAGAGCGUGGCAAGGUUCUCUUCUGGUUCAAUAUGCGGGGGGAGACGCACGAUCUGGACACUCAAACCAUUCACGGCUCGUGCCCCGUCAUCGAUGGCACCAAAACGGUCCUGUCCUGCUGGAUAAAGGAGUUGGAUCAAAUGUUUAUCCGGCCCACCUAUCGCCCUGGGAAUAGGAAUUUUAUCUCUUAGAUUCUUAGAUUAUGAAGGCAUUUUGGUACUGAGGGUGAUGCAGGGUGCAGCAGCAGGCUUAUCAGUAAAAGAAAAAAAGAAAAUUUGUUUAUUUAGUUUUCAUAUCCUUUUGUUAGUUUUUGUGUAAUUUAAAUGACUAAUAGUAGUAGAAAGGCUACAAUUUUGUUUGGUGAUUUUUCGAAUCAGAAAUUGGAAACACCGUUGCCACAAUUGUAAGACAUUCGAAGCAAUUAAAUGCAUACACUUUUA